GCAAACUGCUACAUUAUUCAUAGCUGUUGACAACAUAAGUAAACACACUAAACUGCUGCAAGUCGCUGGUUCGAGACGACUGGCAUGAUUAACAUUUUCGGAGACUUUUAGAACCCACAACAACCACCAAGAAAAUGACUACACGAAUGGCAAUCCCCAUGGAGAGGUCAAAUUCGGGAUACCACCAGCUGGGCCUAGAUGACAGAAUUGCUUACGGAAACAUACCGAAAUGGAUCGUCCAAGGAAUGGAUAUCCCGAACCUCUACGAUCCUCAAGCUACUUUCAAAAAACAGACCACGCUUCCACCGGUUUACGCUGGUAACAGGACAGGUAUACUGCAGGCUAACAACCGCAGACCCGACCCCCAACAACUCAAGGCUUUCACAGUCACAUCACGUGAUCUACCCUGGGCUAGCGGAGGCAAAAUGUCAUCUUAUUUGCCUAGCAGUAAAGUGAACAUUAUGUUGCUGGAUUCACCCUACGCAUAUUCUACGUCACAUCUUGGACAACAACCACAAAGGUCGUGGAAGUUUAACGUCUAUAACCAGCGUGCUAAGAGUGGAUUCAAAUUUUGGCUCGAAGAAAAAAAGCCAGUAAAUAAAUCACAGAAGUACACAUUUGGAUCCGCUAAAACAUUUCUUGGACUUGGCAACGCCCCACGGAAUUGAUGAAACAUCGAAUAAUACGGAAUAUAUAAUCCAUGAGAUUGUACAAAAACAUGUUUGAAACUAAAUAUUUAACAGUCUGAUUUCCACAAAAUCGCUACACGCAAUCGCCGACUGUGUUGACGACGCUGAUUGGCUGAUCAAAUCGGAGAGGCUGUCCAAUUGAGCGUCGGGAGCAGUUACGCAGUGACAAGUGCAAUGAAAAAUGUAGCGAUUUUAACCCGGCUAUACCUAACAUUACAAGUGCACUAUUUAUUUUUGAAGAGGAUACACGAGUUUAGUAGAGUGCCUUAACGUAAAACUAUGGAAGCAUCGUUACACGGAUGAUAAAACUUCCCUUUUUGGUGGAGAUUUAUCCACAGGCUUUUAAACAAAUCUAUGGAACGAUACCCAAUUUUUUACACUUUCUUGGCCAAAAAAUUGUUUUUGGUAAAAAAUAGAGGUUUGUGGACAUUUAAACUAUAAAUGGAAACAACAAAUUCGUACAGUUAUUAAAAAAACGGUUAGAAUUAAGAGUUGGCAGAUGAAAUGCAUAACUAGCAUUUCGUGAUAAUUAGGAACGAUAGCGAAAAUAGGUUUUUAAGAGUGGACCUUUAGAAAUUUGUGGGUCCAGUGUUGGGGGUUUGUCCGCGGAAGGUCCAACAAUAACGUUUUGAGAGCCGUACAGUGUAUAAUGCACUUCUGAAACCCAUUAUUCGUGAAUAUUCUAUUUAAUUUUUUAUUCAUUGGGUAUUGUUAGGGACCUGAACCUGAAGAAAAAUGUCCUUUACAUCUGUUCAAUUUCCAACAAAUGUCAUACCACAAAAAUUAACUGUUAAGGCCAACUCAGACAGCGUCGUACACGACACAGCCCGACGCGAUUUGUUGUCGCG